ACGUCAUCUCCACGCGCCUGUCGAAGCGGCGGGGACGGUUUUCGUGCACGUUGAUGUUUUUGUGAAUUAGCAGCGUACGGUUCGUCUUCAUUGUCGUCAGUUUGACUCUGAUCAGAAAUGUCUGUCACCGAGAUGUUCAGUUACAUCCAGGGCUUCCUGAGCGCCGACCAGGACGUCAGAGAGGAUAUCCGUAAGGUGGUUCAGACGUUGGAGCAGACUGCUAGAGAAAUACUGACAGUUCUCCAAAGUGUCCACCAGCCGACUGGAUUCAAAGAAAUUCCCAGUAAAUGUGCAAAGGCACGCGAGUUGUUCUGCACAGUCCGGACACAAAUUGCAGACCUCAAAACAAAAUUUCCUGUGGAGCAGUAUUACAGGUUCCAUGAACACUGGCGGUUUGUCCUGCAGCGCUUGGCUUUCUUAGCAGCCUUUGUCGUCUACCUGGAGAGUGAAGCUCUUGUGACUCGGGAGGAGGUGGCUCAGAUACUUGGCAUUGAGGUGGUGCGAGAGAAAGGCUUUCACCUGGACGUGGAGGACUACCUGGCAGGUGUGCUGAUCAUGGCUAGUGAACUGUCACGGUUGGCGGUAAACAGCGUCACAGCCGGAGACUACAACCGGCCGCUCCGCAUCUCCAACUUCAUCAAUGAGCUGGACUCGGGCUUCCGCCUGCUCAACCUGAAGAACGACCCGCUGCGGAAGCGCUACGACGGCCUCAAGUACGACGUGAAGAAGAUCGAGGAGGUGGUGUACGACCUGUCCAUCCGUGGCCUGGCCAAGGAGUCCGAGUCUGGCGGGGACAAGUAAAGCUGGGAGGCGGUGAUUGGCUGUGGGAGAUGGAGGAGGGCGCAGUAGCUACCCCGGGCUGGAACCUCUCCACGGCUGCUGCAGAUCGGAGACCUUACCCCACCUGGAAGGCAAGACCCAGGGAUCUGCCUGAGGUGCCAUCAGCCUAGGACAGACUGUGUGAGUGCGCGGAUGAAUAUGUGUGUGUCUGUGUGAAUGUAUGCAUGAGAGGUGCUUCAGGUGGAUGGCAGUCUGUCAGAAGGGUGGCAGAGAAGGUGCCAGAGUUUGACACCCUCGUUCGGAGGCUUAAGAUCGAAGGUUUGGUUUGUUGCUGGUUGUUGGAUAUCCGUGUUCACAGCUUCAUCUGAUGCAUCUGUUAUUGUUUCCCUGAGUUGGUUUUGCAAAGGUUUCAUCUAAUUUGCAACAGUCGACUUUCUUUGUUUUUGAAUUAUAGUAAAUUGAUGUUUAAUUCAUUCAAGAAGACAGGCGGAGAUCGCCCACAGUGCUCCUGCCGUGCAGAGCUUACUUUCCGUGGUGGUUUGUGUUUAUUUACAAAAAUAUCAUAAAGCAAAAAAAAAAAAGAAAACGUAAAAUGUGUUCGUGUUGUUCAACAGACGAGUCGACGCCUUGUGAUAUUUCUUAGGAGUCUGAAUUAUUGUCAAAAAAUGGGUGCAUCCAAUCAGAGAUCCAGGAGUCUAAUUCAGGAAGAAAGUAAGUGAUGCAACAAUCAGACGAUUAAAUCUACAAUCCAAAAUGUAAAAUACAUUUUACAGCAUCUCACCAGAUCUGGAUCUUUUCUGACUUUUGUUAAAAAGUCUCUGUUUGGAUUUUGGUCAUUAUUAUCUGACCUGAAUACACAGGAUUUUUUUUUUUAUAAAUGAGGCUACAGGAGAGGAAGAGCCAAAGAAAAGACAAAGAUGCACUUCACAUGAUAUAAAGCUACUCCGUGAUUAGUUAGAUUUCUUUUCUUUUCAACAGCAAGGAACCCCUUGCAGAACAGUGCCAAUGAAUAUGUCUCUUGAGCCUUUUGAAUAUUUUGGAUGUCGAGUGAUGAAGCUUUCUCUGGAGAUCCGUGAGCAAAAUUACAAAAUAGUCAGAAUGUCAUGUACUGCAUGUUCUAUGUUUACUGUUUUUUCACUUAAGGAAAUGUCUUGAAGGUUUGUUUCUACUGUCAGCAUCCAAGCUUCUGUUUGCCUCUUUACUGUAGUGGAGCUGAACUGUAUUUUAUAGAAAUAUUUCACUUUCAAACUCUUGCAUCUUGUGUUUUUGUUUCGUGGAGUAAUAAGUGCAUUCCACUUGUACCGUUUGUGUUUCUGUCUUUGAAUCAGUUGUUCUACAGUUGCUUAAAAAUGACUGUAAAUAUA